ACUGGUUGAGCCAGGUAGGAAAAGCAGCCUAAAGCCCGGGACAGGCACACAGACCCAGGUCUGUAGGCCACAGCAGCUGCAGUCCUGAAAGGCUGCAACGCCCAGACCUCCAGGAGAGACCAGGCCCAGGAUGCCUCGCCUGUUUUUGUUCCACCUGCUAGGAGUCUGUUUACUAUUGAACCAAUUUUCUAGAGCAGUCGCGGCCAAAUGGAAGGACGACGUUAUUAAAUUAUGCGGCCGCGAAUUAGUUCGCGCGCAGAUUGCCAUUUGCGGCAUGAGCACCUGGAGCAAAACGUCUCUGAGCCAGGAAGAUUCUCCUCUGAAACCUAAACUAGUGGCAGAAAUUGUGCCGUCCUUCAUCAACAAAGAUACAGAAACUAUAAUUAUCAUGUUGGUAUUCAUUGUUAAUUUGCCACUGGAGCUGAAGGCAGCCCUAUCUGAGAGGCAACCAGUGUUACCAGAGCUACAACAAUAUGUACCUGCAUUAAAGGAUUCCAAUCUUAGCUUUGAAGAAUUUAAGAAAAUUAUUCACAAUAAACAAACUGAAGCCACAGAGAGCAAUUCUUCAGAAUUAAAAUACUUAGUCUUGGAUACUCAUUCUCAAAAAAAGAGACGACCCUACAUGGCACUGUUUGAGAAAUGUUGCCUAAUUGGUUGUACCAAAAGAUCUCUUGCUAAAUAUUGCUGAGAUGAAGCUACUUGUGCACAUCUCGUCUAAUAUUCACACAUAGUCUUGAUGACAUUUCACUGAUGCUUCUCUCAGGUCCCACUAAUUAUUAGAAUAUAAGAAAUGUUUAUUAAUCUUUAGAUUUUUCAUUUGGUGUGUAAGAAAAUAUUCUUUGUAUGAUUGUAGUUUCUGUAAAUGACACUUUCUAUGCUGAAGUCUUUUUGUCUUUUUAUUAACAAUGUGAUUAUGCUGUGUUAUUCUUUUUAAUGCUGUUAACUUAAAAUUACAAUAAAACCUUUACCAC